GGGGGCACACGAAUAAACAAGACAGUUAAAAACUACGCCAGGAAGCUUUUAGUACUUCCGGGUCACAGAGUGUCAUUGCUAGCUUCAUGUCAGCCUGCAGAUAGCUACUUCAAGCUUCCCCUGGUCUUCUUCUUCGUAUUUAACGAGUCACCAGUUAUGAUCAGGUCAGUGUUGCUGUGCAGGUCAACUACCAACCUCCUGUCCUGCACAAGGGGAUCAUGUCUACUCACCGGUCGGAUACCUAGCGGUUUGCAGCUUCGUCCUCCAGGUCAUCCACAAGUCCAGCAGAGCUGCUGUGGACCCCUCACACCUAAAGUCGCAGCCUCGGUCAGAUAUUCAGACUUUUCCACUCAGAAGUACUCUAUGAUUUAUACUCUGCCACACAUCAAGCUCCUCAGAGCUGUGUCAAGGCUCAAACUUGUCCAAACAGCUAUAACUUUGGUGCUCUUGCCCCCAGUGUAUGUCCUCUACUUAAAAGGAAACGCCUCCCUCUUACUCCUUAGCUACUCAACUGGAAUCGCGCUGUUUGCUGGCGCUAUGCUGUACUCUGCCAGUUACUUCUUCAGGAGGGUUGUUGGGAUGAUGUACCUGGAUCCAUCCCAGACGACACUCAAAGUUUCCCACCUCACUUUCUGGGGCAAACGCAAGGACAUUUAUAUUCCCGUGUCAGAUGUGAUGACUAUAUGUGAUACGGGGGACUCGAAACAUGAGACCAUAAUGAAACUUAAGCGAUACAGCACUCCAGAGACUCUUUAUUUCUCCGCUUACUUCGGACGAGUGGUUGACAAAUCGGGUUUUGAGAGGGUGUUUGGAAGUUUGAAAUGAUCGGCUUUAAAGACUUAUAGAACUAUCCUGAAGAUUCUGCUGAAAAAACAUAUGUUUGUGCUGAAAAAUAAAAAUAAUCUAUGAAUAUAGAUUGGAAAAUUGUUGCUUUCAUCAUUUCUGGCUGAAAUCUGCCCUGGGGUGUUUUAUUUUACUGGUUUAUUCAGAAAUUUUUUACACUGAC